ACGCACAAUGAGGAACUCCACUGUGUUAACAGCUGUACUUCUCUGCAGCCUCAGCUGGAUCUCUGUCUCAGGUUCUGAGUCUCACACUGUGGAGGUUCAGUCUGGUCAAGAAGUCACUCUGCUGUGCUCCAACUUUUCAAGUGCUAUCACUCAGAUAAUCUGGUUCAGAGUGGUCAGCAGAAGCCAGCCCUGCUGCAUUUCCCACAUGUUCAGGGCUACAGAACCUGCAAAACUCUGUGAUGGAUUUCAAAGUGGAAAAUUUGAAAUGAGCUCCAACAUCUCCACUCUGUUUCUCCGAAUCAAACAAGUGAACUCAUCUGACUCUGGACUGUAUUUCUGUGGAUAUUAUUUGAGCGGAGCUCCUGUUAUUGUCAGUUCAACGUAUGUACAGGUUCAAGAACUGUUCGGUGGCAUAACAAAGCUGACCAGCGUGAUCCUGGGCAUUCUGACUGCUUUCCUCAUGAUGGUCGUCAUUUGUCUGGCUGUUAAAAUCAAACAGCUUCAGAGAGCUCUUGCUAGAGGACAGAUUCCCCAACAGACAGAGACCUCAGCUGAACUGAACUAUGCUGCAGUGACAUUUAAACCAAGAAACAAAAUCACACCAGAGGUCUGAAAAAGAAGAAGAGACUGCUAUUUAUUCAGCCAAGGGAUAGACCCAGGAAGCACCUGGAACUGCCACUGCAAGUGGAAAUUUUGUUAUAUUAUUAAUAAACUAAUGUGCAUUAGUGUGGUUGGCUGCUGUACUGGCGCUUCAAACUUUAAAAUAUGUUUUUUGCUCAAUAUUCUUGCUCGGGUUGUUUUUUUCUCAGCUUCUUCAUUUCUUCAAUUGUGCCUUUCUUAUUUCAGUCUGAGAGCAGACACGUGCGAUUGGAGUUUGAUAAAGAGGAACCAGCUAAAAAAAAAAAAAGAUGACUGUCUGAUGACUGUCAGCACCAGUGUAGUUUCGACCAUAAAAAUUAGCGAGUGACUUUAAAACAGGAUAGGAAGAGACAGCACAGUAUGGUCUGAUCACGGCUGCGGUGGAAAUCACGUGGCUUCUAUCGCGAGAGAGGUGUCAACAAACAGAACUGAAGGCUGCAUGCGUUACAGACAGGUGCCAUCCAUCUGCACUGGGAUAUGAGCUCGAUGCAAGUGUGUCUGCAGCUACAUGAAGGAUCCCAGAUCAGGUCAGACACAGAUCAAAUGUAAACAUUUAUUUAAGCAUGAUUUCAUACUUGCCGGUCUGCCCCUCAAUAUCCAUGUUUUAAACUAACUUACCCCUGGCCUGAUAGUAACAUUUAACCUACUUAAACCUAUUGUGUGAAAUUUCAGGUCUUUUUCAAUAUUAAAGCAGGUCUAAGGUGCUGUGUAAAUACUUUGAAAUUGUCAAAACAUUAAGUCUACAUUCAGAAACUGUGCCUUUAGACGAGCUGGAUGUCGGUAAGGUUGUGAUGUCACAGUUAAACAGUCACUGCCCUAGGCCACGCCCCCGGAACAUCUGUGGCAGCAGAGAUGACGGGGAAACACAAGUGGGCGGUGCCUGGUCAGGCCUGUGAAAACUGACCAAUCAGAGCAGACUGGACUUAAAGAGACAGGCACCGAAACGGAGCAUUCAGACAGAGGGUGAAUAGCGGUGUGGCACAUUGAAAUCAGCCCCAUUUCCACUAUGUAAAACUCUUUUGAUCCUGUUUCACCCUGCA